AUGGGCCGUGCCUGUGGCUAUUGCCACAUGCCCCACGCAGGACCACCUGCCACACUGGACCGAACAGGAAGAACGAUGCUUCGCAAAAUGUCCACAGAUCGCAUGCUGGACCUCUUCCUUCCCAUCCUCUACGAGCGCGCAGAGGAGGCCGGCUUGAUGAUGGAGGCUGCUCCGCUUCUUGCGUUGCUGGCCCAAGCCGAGGCUGUGCUUGCCGAGGCGCAGUCGCAAGCCGCUCGCCGUCCUUGUGCUACGAAGGGCAGCGGCAGCGAUCCCUUAGAGGCGACUCGCAGCAGGCUGAGGAAGAUGACCUUCGGUGAACUUGUGGGUUUACUCUGCCGCAAUUGUGAGAAGGAGGCCUUCGUCCCUGAGGUGACGGAAGAGUUGUUAUCCCUACGGGAUCAGUGCGCCGACCGUGUUCAGCUCUGA